AUGAUAUACGCCACGCAAAUCGCUCGGCUGGAUGGCCUCAUGCUCUGUGCCGACGAGGGAAACGAUUCAUCUCUCGAUGAGGUCAAGAGCCAAGUCAAGCAGGUUCUCCGGAGACUGAAUCGGACCUCCGAGUCGCAGGCCACCGUCGAGAGCAGCCAAUACACAUUUCACUACCUCAUCUUCCAAGACAUCAUCUACCUCUGCAUCACUGCGCACUCAUACCCCCGCAAGCUUGCCUUCACUUACCUUUCGGACCUCUCCAACGAGUUCAGCACUACCUACCCCUCGCAGCAGCUCCUCUCGCCCACCAUGCGCCCCUACGCCUUCAUGGAGUUCGACACGUUCAUCAACCGCACCAAGGGCACCUACUCGGACACGCGCGCCACGCAGAACCUGGACAAGCUGAACGACGAGCUCAGCGAUGUCACCAAGGUUAUGAAGAAGAACAUUGAGGACCUGCUGUACCGCGGAGACAGCCUGGAGCGCAUGGGCGAGGUCAGCUCCCGCCUGCGAGAAGACGCAAGCAAGUACCGCAAGGCCGCCGUGAGGAUCAACUGGGAGCUGCUUCUGAAGCAGUACGGACCGCUUGGUGGAUUGGGCUUAUUCAUCGUGCUGUUCAUGUACUGGAGAUUCUUCUGGUGA